CGUCAGUCACCACGGGCGGUGCGCGCGCGUUGUGCACCGCCCGCGGUGCACAGAGAAUUUCUCUUUGCGAGUCUUACGCUCGAAACCGUACGUAAAUACAUGGAAUGGCAAGUUCUGGAAACAAAUGGGUACGGGCUCUUUCUCUCCGCGCUUCGCCCGACGCCAGCGGUUUGAGGCGACGUCAUUGGCCGACCGAGCAACCGAGAAAGCGAAGAAGCCAAACCCCAAGAACUCUGUCUUUUUCUCUCUUUCUUUUUAUCAAACACAAAGCGGAUUCGCAGCAACAGUCCCCCUCCGCUCUUUCCAAAAUUUCUUCUUUCUCCCCUCUGCCGUGGAGGAGAAAACCCUCGAAAGAUUCCAGAAGUUUGCUUCUUUUUCUUGGUAUCAUUGCCUCUGCUCCCAAAUUUUAUUCACAGUGCGCUUUUGGAGGAUUCAAGGAGGAACCUUGGUUCAUUUUUGGCCGUGAUUUGGAACCAUGAGAAAGAAGCUCGACACACGUUUUCCCGCGUCUCGAAUAAAAAAGAUUAUGCAAGCAGAUGAAGAUGUUGGGAAGAUUGCAUUGGCAGUACCUGUUUUAGUAUCUAAAGCAUUGGAAUUGUUUCUACAAGAUCUCUGUGACAGAACAUAUGGCAUAACUCUUCAAAGAGGAAUGAAGACAAUGAGUGCUUUGCAUUUGAAGCAGUGCGUACACAGUUUUAAUGUGUUUGACUUCCUGAAGGAUAUAGUGAGCAAAGUUCCAGACAUGGGUAGUUCUGAUCCUGGUGGUGAUGACAGAUCUGCCAAGAGAAGGAAAGCUGCAGAAGAUGACAAUGAUAGUGAAGAAGAUUUGAAGCGGAAAGCUCAUGAGGCAGCAGGCCACAGCAGCGGUGGCAGAGGAUGGGGGCGGGGACGUGGGAGGGGACGUGGUGCCCGAGGUGUUCAUGGUGUCGAUAGGGAUGGUGCUCAUUAUGAUAAAUAUGAAGAUGACCCUGGCACCUCUCCUCAACACAGUGACAGACCACCUCAUAUGAAAUCUGAAAUAAUGGAUGACAGCUUAAGUGCAAGAGAAUCAAAGGAAACCACAGUUAGCAAUAGUAAUACAGGUGCCGCUGUCCGGAACUUUGACUUGAAUUUGGAUUUGGAUGAGAAUGGAGACACAUCUACAGCCACAGCCUCGGCUACUGCCACAGCCACAGCAACAUCCUUUGAGACAGAUCAUGAAAUGAAGCAUGAGGAAUGCCCAGGCUGGUCGCUUGCUGAUAUGGAUAAAAUGGCUAUUGAUCCCAUUCAGUUUGCAUUAUCAAACCGAAGAUUAGAUGAAGAGGAAGAGGAUUAUGAUAAUGAAGAAAGUUGAUCAGCAUAUAGAUCUAAUCUUCCAAACAAAUUGACAGGUAGAUCUGACUCUAACAUAGAUGAUGGCGGCUGUCCUCCCUCUUGAGACAAUUGGAACUCCUUGAGAGCUUGGGGAAUGGAACGGGUGAUGUAUAAACUGCAAGCACACUUAGGGGUGGAAAUGUUAGAAAGUGUGUUGGAAUAUUUUAGUAACUAACAUUUAUCACAGGAACCAUUCAUUUUACUUGGAUGUUCCGAUCCACAUGCUUGAUUCAGGUGCUGCAGAAAUCUUAUCGAUGUGAACAGAGGCAGCUAUUAAAUAUGGUAGAUUCAGUUUUAGCUGAAUUAAUUUAGGUUGGGUCACCUAAUCUUGAUUGUUGAAGGUGUAACUGGGUUGCAGUUGGCUCGUUUUGCUUUUAUUGUCUGAUGAACUUUUUAUUUAUUAUUAUUGUUGUUAUUCGUGGA